CUCUCUUCUAUCUAUCUAUCAAAUUAUUCAUUUGCUUUCUCUCAUCUUCUUCUACCCUAGCUAGCUAGAUUCCUAAUGUCUACACCUACCAGAAACCACAUACCUCUUCUUUUUACGCAAUUACCAUCCACAUCCACUCCUUCCAUAAAUCCGCCUCUCCCCACCCCAAUCUAUCCGCCGCCAUCUCCGCCGCCGCACAUCGCCUCCUUCAAACCAUCCGUCGCCGUCAUCGUCGCAGCUCUCACCACAAUGUUCUCCCUCACAUUUCUCCUCCUCCUCUACGCCAAACACUGCAAGAGACAAAACGGAAACACCUAUUCCCGUAACCACCGCCCCGCCGCUUCUUAUUCUUCUUCUUCUAGUAGGUUUCCCCCAUUAACCAAUAGGAGAAACUCCGGCGUCGACCGGACCGUUAUCGAUUUACUUCCAGUUUUCCGCUUCGGUGCUCUCCAAGGUCAGAAAGACGGCCUUGAAUGUGCCGUCUGUUUGAAUCGCUUCGAACCUCAAGAAGUCCUCCGACUUUUACCCAAAUGCAAACACGCAUUUCACGUCGAGUGCGUCGACACCUGGCUCGACGCCCACUCUACUUGCCCUCUUUGCCGUUAUCGCGUCGAUCCCGAGGAUAUUCUACUCGUCGGCGACGCCAUAGCCGGAGUUUUAGGCAGACGCGAACCUCCACUUCCAACUCCACCGCCGCCGGCGUCCGUCGACUCGAUCCAACAACAAAGGGUGGAGAGUUCGCGGCGGAUAUCUGGAAGACACUCGUCGGCGGGAGAGAGAGUCACCGGACUGUUGAAGAUAUUCCUGCCCAGACGACCCAGUCAGGAUUCAUCGUCCUUAAAUCGCGGCGGCGAGCGUCAACGGAGAUCGCUGGACAGUUGGAGAAAGAAGAGCAAGAAAUUACCGGAGACCACCGAGACCGUGACCGUGGGGUGCUUCGAGCGACAGCAAAGGAAAGACGGGCUUCUUCUGACGGCAGGACGGAGUGUUGAAUCGGAGUAUGAUCGGAGACGGUUAGAGCACCGGAUUAUAAUCGGCGGCGGCGGCGGCGGCGGUAUUAAGAAGGAAUCGGAUGUGGGUUUGGGUUUGGGUUGUUUACCUCAGAGAUGGAGUGAAGUGCAGGGGUCGGAUCUGGUGUUGUUGAGAACAGAGAUGAUAAUGAACGAGAACCGUCGAUGGUCUUCUUCCUCGGGAUCUAGGUCGUCGGUGGUGCAGAACUGGAAGUGGAACAGAAAGGGCAGGCGGGAGAUUGGAAUUGAAGAGGAUGGCAGAAAUGUAAUUAAGGGAAGAAGUGUGUCGGAAAUAACAGGGAUUAGCAGAGACAUAAUAAAUAAUCAUAAUAAUAAUAUUAAUAAUAAUACAUGUGAGGUUUUAUCUCCAACUCCGGUUGGACCGGUGUCUAGGUUGCUGGGUUGGAUGUCCCAUUCACAAUCUUAGACCUUGUUUGGUUUUAA